CACAAUUUCGACUGUAGACAAAGAUGGCGGUACGGAAGAAAGACGGCGGCCCGAAUGUAAAAUAUUUCGAAGCGUCUGAUACUGUCUCACAGUUCGACAAUGUCCGAGUGUGGCUGGGCAAAAACUAUAAAAAGUACAUUCAAGCAGAGCCCCCCACCAACAAGUCUUUGUCCAGUCUGGUUGUUCAGCUGCUGCAAUUUCAGGAGGAGGUUUUUGGCCGACAUGUCAGCAACCCUCCUCUCACCAAGCUACCGAUGAAGAGUUUUCUGGAUUUCAAAGCUGGAGGAGCUCUGUGUCAUAUACUUGCUGCUGCCUACAAGUUUAAGAGUGACCAGGGAUGGAGAAGGUUCGACUUCCAGAAUCCUUCUAGGAUGGACCGAAAUGUUGAGAUGUUUAUGACCAUAGAGAAGUCUUUGGUACAAAAUAACUGUCUGACUCGGCCUGUGAUCUACCUGAGCUCAGAGAUUGAGCCUAAGCUGCUAGGGAAACUGAAAGACAUCAUUAAACGACAUCAGGGAUCAGUGACAGAAGAUAAACAGUCCAGUUCUCAUGUGGUUGUGCCCAUUCCUGCCAGUCUGGAGGAGGAGGAGUGGGUCCGUCCUGUAAUGAAGAGAGAUAAACAGAUGCUGCUACACUGGGGCUACUGGCCUGACAGUUAUGACACAUGGAUCUCAGCCAGUGAAGUUGAGGCAGUAGUGGAGGAUCCCCCCAGUCCAGAAAAACCUAGAAAGGUUCACGCUAAGUGGAUUCUGGAUUUAGACCAGUAUAAUGAGUGGAUGAAUGAGGAGGACUAUGAGGUUGGUGAAGGAGGCACAAGGAGAAAGAGGAUUUCAGCCAAGACUCUGACGGAUGAAGUGAGCGCUCCGGACGAGAGGAGAGAUAAAAAACCCGGCAAUGCCAAGAAAAGAAAGCGCUCUCCUUCUCCAUCUCCCACUCCUCCCCCACAGGAGAGCAAGAAGAAGAACACCAAGAAAGGGCCUACAACCCCCUACACUAAGUCGAAGCGUGGCCAGAGGGAGGAGGAGCAGGAGGAUCUAACUAAAGACCUGGAUGAGCCCUCACCUGUUCCUGCAGCAGAGGAGGGCUCACUGAAUAAAACAGUGACCAAGAAGGAUUCAGACUCAACUCCAGUGAAGGGUGGGACUGACCUGGAUGAGCAAGAGGAUGAGUCUAUGGAGACAGUGGGAAAGGAGGAAGAGGAGGGAUCUCCCAGUGUGAAGGGAGAGCCAGUGAAAGGUUCUGAUCUGCAUGAGGAUAACGUCACAGAGCAGACUCAUCACAUCAUUAUUCCUAGCUACGCUGCUUGGUUUGACUACAAUAGUGUUCAUGCUAUUGAGCGCAGAGCUCUGCCAGAGUUCUUCAAUGGAAAGAACAAGUCAAAGACCCCUGAAAUUUACUUGGCCUACCGUAACUUCAUGAUUGACACAUACCGAUUGAAUCCUCAGGAGUAUUUGACCUCUACAGCUUGCCGUAGAAACUUGGCUGGAGAUGUGUGUGCCAUUAUGAGGGUGCAUGCCUUUCUGGAGCAGUGGGGUUUGAUUAAUUAUCAGGUGGAUUCAGAGAGCCGCCCCACUCCGAUGGGACCACCACCCACAUCCCACUUCCAUGUGCUAGCAGACACGCCGUCCAGCCUGGUACCACUUCAGCCUAAAGCUUCUCAGGUACUCAAACAUUUGCAACAAAUGACCCAUUGCACAUGUUAUAAAGGAACUGUUGCCAUUUACAUUUCCUACCCUCUCUCUGCACCACAGACUCCGUCCUCUCAGCAGAUACUGUCUUUUCCGGACAAAGUCAAGGACAAGCCAACAGAUCUGCAGAACUUUGGGCUGCGGACAGACAUGUACAACAAAAAGAGCGGCCCAACAAAGGGUAAAAACGCAGCAAGUGCUACACGGGAGUGGACUGAACAGGAGACUCUGCUACUGCUGGAGGGUCUGGAGAUGUAUAAGGAUGACUGGAACAAGGUUUCGGAGCACGUGGGCAGUCGCACGCAGGAUGAGUGUAUCCUUCACUUCUUGCGGUUGCCUAUUGAGGAUCCUUAUCUGGAGGAUACCUCCUCCUCCCUUGGCCCACUGGCCUAUCAACCGGUCCCGUUCAGUCAGGCAGGAAACCCUGUUAUGAGCACCGUGGCUUUCCUUGCUUCAGUGGUCGACCCACGAGUGGCCUCUGCUGCAGCCAAGUCUGCUCUAGAGGAGUUCUCCCGUAUGAAGGAAGAAGUGCCAGCGGCACUGGUAGAGGCACACGUGCGACGGGUGGAGGAGGCAGCAAGAGUAAGUGGAAGACCGGACCCUCUGUAUGGCCUGGAGGGCAGUGGCAUCGCCGGUACUGGCCUGGAGGAAUCGGAGAAGCCUGCAGAGGAGAGCAGUGAGGAGAGCAAAAGCAGUGAUGGCCAACCAAGCGAGGACAAGAGAGAGAGUAAAGAGGGAAAAGAUGGAGCGACUGAAGAGGUAGAGAAGCAAGGAGAGAAUGGAAAGAAAGAAGAAGAAAGAGCAAGAGAAGGGGAAACGGAAAGAGAGGCAGAGAAAACAGAUUCAGAGAUGGGUGAUGCAGAGAAGGAGAAAGAAGGGAAGGAGGGAUCAGAGGAGGGUCAGAGGGAAGGGGAGAGCGAGGGAGAGAGAAAAGCCAAGGUCGAAAGAGAUGUUGGAGAAGGAAACCUGGCCACAGCAGCCGCUUCUGCCCUCGCUGCUGCAGCUGUCAAAGCCAAGCACUUGGCUGCAGUGGAAGAGAGGAAGAUCAAGUCUCUGGUGGCUCUGCUGGUUGAGACGCAGAUGAAGAAGCUGGAGAUCAAACUGAGACACUUUGAGGAGCUGGAGACUAUCAUGGAUCGUGAGAGAGAGGCGUUGGAGUACCAGAGGCAGCAGCUCCUUGCGGAUCGUCAGUCGUUCCAUAUGGAGCAGCUGAAGUAUGCAGAGAUGAGAGCUCGGCAGCAGCACUUCCAGCAGAUCCAGCACCAGCACCAUAGCAACCAGCCUGGAAACCAGCCUGGCAACGCUCCUCCUGCACCACAUCAAUCAGCUCCUAACACUAGUGCCCCGCCUCCUACGCCCAGCCCUGCUCCAGCAACCUCCACCAACACCCCCAACGAAGCCCCACCCCCUUCAGCCUCUCAUACCUCUCCACCCAACAACACACAGACUGGAGCAGUGCACGACUCCAGCGCUCCACUAGCAGGGGAUUCCCUCCAUCCCAAUGCCCUGGUGCCCCCAUCACAGUAAAGAGGGCAUACACAGCAAACAGAGAGUUUGAGGGAUAUUAGAGAGUGGAAGGGAAGAGAUAAAGAAAGAGAAGAUAUUGAGACAGGGAAACAAAGGGAAGAAAUUGUAGUUUUUAUCUUUGACUUUGUUUUUGGGAGACAAUUACUUCUCGGUAAAAAAAAAUUGCCAACAUCUUAACAGAAUAACUGAUUCACCAUUACAUUGGAACCUGAAUCAGUGUAACCUUAGAGAUCCUGUUUGGACCAACCCCUUUUAAACAGCCAGAAAAGAAUCUGCACAAAAAACACAAUCACACCUCUGGCUUAAACAUAUCAGAAAAAACAGAAUGGAAAUGAACAGUAUUCUUCAACUUCACUUUGCAUCAGAACACCAGAAGCAGUAUUGAAGGGCCUUGUGGGAUUUGUAGUCAGGCUCCAGCAUCUUCUUUGUCAGUGUUUACUGAGCCCUUCACCAAACUGCAGAAUCCACAAUCCUGAGGUCAUCUAGAGACAUGUCAGUGUAGGUACUUAUGCCUGUUAUCAACAAGAAAUGGAAAAAAGAAAAGCUGCACUUUUUAGAAUGUUUCCCCAUUUUUACUUUGGAGAAGUAUAAAAGUCUGAUUUGUCCUGAAGCACUUAAAUGUCCUUAGCAGUCUCCUUACAUUCACUUAAUCUUUGUAUUCAUUUAAUAGAAGCACUCGAUUUGGAAUGAAUUUGAAAAGAAACUUGAUUUUGUAUUUGUUACUCUGUAUGUGUGACUGUUGGUUUUACUCUUGGGACAAUGUGAAAGCUUUAGUGGGUUGGCCUGUUGUGCUUACUUUGAUUAUUUUUUAACGUACAAGUUACUUUUAGCAUGACAAAAAAAAGGGCAACAAAAUAGUGUUAAAUAUGUUUGCCUUGUCUUUGACUGUAGAUGAAAACCAUGUACUGUAAACUUGGAGAAUAUGUUAUAAGCUCGUAACCUUUUGACUCCUGAGUGCGUGUGCGUGUUUGUGUGCAGAUGAGACGACUCAGUCUGCAAUUUUCUUCAUUCUGGUUUAAAACAGUGAACAGUUUAUAGGUCUUUAUAGAAGUUUUGUUUUAAAGAUUGACUGACUUACACUAGGUAGGCCUCUUACUUCACUGUGGCCGAGACAACUGGUGUUAGUUCACUGACUCAUUUUAGGCUAACUGACAAAUUUUAUCAAGCACGAGAAAACUACUUUCGAAUUGCAGGAGAUAUUUCAGUUCCUGUUUCAGGAAAGGUCAGUCAAGAUGCAGUCGAUCGUGUAUGAUACUAAGAAUACAGGUAGAAUUACUUCAACUGUAAUGCGAACUAUUUUAGCGAAAUACAAAACUCAUAUCACACAGAAUAUUUCAUUCUGAUGAAGCUCAGAUUGAGUGCGUAUGUGUACGUGUGCGUGUGUCUGUCGAACCCCAGGCCAAACCCACAGGAAGCACGGCUAAAUGAAGGAAAAAGCCUUUGGAUUUCAUUACCUGAUGACUCUGAACAGUUCAAACAAGGGAUUUCAUUAGUUCAAAUAAGGGAUUUCAAAUGUAACUGCAAGUUACAUUUGCAGUUGUAUUCUGUGUAUCUUCAUAUUGUAUUCUUCCUAUUUUUGUAUUUUUAUAUGUUUCUUUCCACUAUUAUCAUGAUUGCAGUAUUGCUGUUAACAUAUUACACUUGUAACUUUGCUCUCUUUCUCAUUGUGAACAUGCUUGUGUUACUGAUUCGUCGAUGUGAAAGUGUCAUUCUGUACCAUGAGACUGGACCGGUUAUGCCCUCAAUUAUUUGCCAUACGUUUCUUUAUUUAAGUUCUCUGCCUUUAUGUGCCAUGUGUUUUUGAAAUACAAUGCGGAUAACUCGCUGCUCGAGUCAGUGUUGCAGAGCAGUGAAAGCCACAGCCAAUAUCAGACACAGGUUUUCACAGUAAAGCGGUUUACAGCCGUUCACAUGCAUGUCAACACUCCAGCACACAGUCUACCAAUACUGCUCACCCAACACGGGCCUCAUCACCAGAGUUAGUUACAUGAUACGACCAACUCCUGAAGAUCGCUGGCUUUUUCUGUCUUUUACAUUGUGUGACACUAGUGAUAUAUUAAAUAGUCUGUCUGUAUGUUUCUUUUUCUCUUCGUUUGGUUUGUCUUUUUUAAGCGAUGGUGCGAAUAGCUGAUAGAGUUGCGUGUACAGUGGUCAGGCGCUUUGGACGCGCGUCCUUUGCUGAUUUGUUGCAGGUUAACGGGUCAAACACCAGCUUGCUCAACAGACUGGUUAGUAAGAAUGCAUCAGUUUUAGUUUCAGAAAUACAUCCAGACGUCCUGAACAAUAAAAUAUCAUCAAUAAUCAA